UCGACACGCUCAUGUCGAGGGCGCGUUGAGACAGGACUGGGAAUUAUUUCAAAGUGCGAAAACUUGUGUUGUGUGCUUUGUUGCUUGCCGUGUGAUAUCGCCUUCAACACCCCGCGACAAGCCCGGGACCAAUCAACUUACAAGGUUGACGGCAUCAGCAUCAGCACUUUAUCUCACAAGGAUUGCCGAAUUCGACCACUUCCCGCCGCCGCAAUGGAGUCCGGUCCAAUCGAGUCGCAUCAGGAAAAGUCCGCCGCCGACAAUGUUCUCCAGGCGCCUCUCUGGGUCACCGUCGUCCGCGGUUUCCAGCUUCUCCUCUCCCUCAUCAUCCUCGCCCUCUGCGCAACGCUGAUGCACGAUGCCUACCUUCCCGAGGAGGGCUUCUCGCUCGCCAUUUCCCUGUUCACCUGGAUUGGUGUCGGCUACAUCGUCCUUACUUCCAAGAUCCCCUCGCUCUACUCGGCCUAUAACAUCAUCGCCGCCAUUGUCAUCGACGCCCUGCUGAUGAUCCUGUGGCUGGCUGCCUUUGCUUCCAUGGCUGCGCGCCGCGCUGGCUACGUCUACGAUGUCACCGUCACCAACUGCUACGAUGACGGCAGCCUCCUCGACAGCAAAACCUGCAGCCGCAAGCGCGCCUUUGAUCUCGUGGAGCGCAGUAAUGUCAUCCUCUUCAAGAGUGGUCUCGCCAUGACUGCUGCCAUUGCCGGUCUUGGCGCCCUGGUCUGGGUCCUCUUCGUCGCUUGCUUUGUCUGGACCCUGAUCAUGUUCCUCCGUGGCCGCAAGGAGGGCCGCUUCGCCAUGGGCAGCACCACUCCCGCCACCCCCAACAACAACUACCAGAUGGAGAACAAGGUCGCCGAGUCCACGCCCAUGUCGCCCCAGACCUACCCCAGCCAGACCCAGCCUCCUCCUCCCCCUCCCCCCAUGGACUUCCAGGACGCCCAGGGCCAAUACCAGCAGCCCGGAUACCCUCCCCAGGGACAACCCUACCAGCAGCCCCAGAGCCCUUAUCAGCAACAGCCGGCCUAUGCUCCUCCCCAGGACCAGCAGAACUUUGGCCAAUAUCCUCCCCAGCAGCAGCCCUACCAGCAGCCCAUCUCACCCCAGAUGACCGGCCAGAGCCAGCCCGUUUCUACCGUCUACAGCAGUGAGCUGGACGGCCACAACCAGUACCAGACUCCCGCCGCUGUGUCUCCUCCUCCCCAGCAGUACCAGCAGCCUUAUCCCCCUCAGCACUAGAGUGGGUGAUGAAAAUAUGAGCUGUACGAACAAAUAUGGAGGCAUUGGCGCGCGGAGUUUGUUUUAGAUUUUGCAACUGGGUACACGCAAGCAGCACAUGCUGAUGUUCGGAAAUUGGGACUAAGAAGCUCGGGGAUGUCGAUAUCUAUUUCAUGUUAUCUUGAACACA